AAUAUGUACCUUUGUCCAUCUUCUUGCGCAUGCGUCAUGUAGCGUACCAGAUGGCCCAAUCAGCUAUUUUAACACACGCCAAAAAACUGAAUGUGAUUUCCAGAAGAUGGCGACCGCUCUAGUGGCGUCAACUUCAGUUCCUGCAAAUCCUGAAAAGGAGAAAUGUGAAACAACAGUUCAGAAGGUUGUGAAUCCUGAAGCAUACAUCAAGCACCCACUACAAAACAAAUGGGCUCUGUGGUUUUUCAAGAAUGACAAAAGCAAAACGUGGCAAGCCAACCUUCGUCUCAUCUCCAAAUUUGACACAGUGGAAGACUUCUGGGCAUUAUACAAUCACAUUCAACUAUCAAGUAACUUAAUGUCUGGCUGUGACUAUUCGCUGUUUAAGGAUGGAAUUGAGCCCAUGUGGGAGGACGAAAGGAACCGACGAGGUGGACGCUGGCUGAUAACUCUGUCCAAACAGCAGCGCAAAUCAGACCUGGACCGUUUCUGGUUGGAGACACUCUUGUGUCUUGUGGGUGAAGCUUUCGAUGACUACAGUGACGAUGUGUGUGGAGCCGUCAUCAACGUCAGAGCCAAAGGAGACAAAAUAGCUAUAUGGACCACAGACUAUGAAAACAAAGAGGCCAUCACACACAUAGGGCGUGUGUAUAAAGAGAGAUUAGGUGUUCCGCCAAAAGUGAUCAUUGGAUAUCAGUCACAUGCUGACACAGCCACAAAGAGUGGCUCCACAACCAAGAACAAGUUUGUUGCCUGAGGACCGUUAACCAAGAAUCAUCAACUGUGCUUCUUUCUGUUGCCAGCAUAGAUUUUCUGUAAUUUUUUCAUGAAUGUAACCGACAUGUUUGUCCACCAACAAAGAUUUGAAGUGGAGAUAAAAUUGCUUCCUUUUUGUAUGCCUACUUGUUGCCACUUUACCAAAGCUUUUGUUUAUGGUGAGAGUAUGUGCAGUUAAAAUGUAGCACACAUUUGAGAACUUUGAUAUAUUUUUUUUUUCUUUUGGUGGUGGGCUGAAGAUAAGUAAAAUAUGUUUUGAUGACCAGUUUUCAUUUUCAAAUGCAUCUGCAUAUUUGUGGUGAAUUUUUGGUUUAUCCAGCCCUUGGUGUAUAUCACUUAUUUUUGUUAAAGUACUUAACAUUAAAGGCAAAAACAACAUUUAAAAAAAAUCUACUUUGGUAUAAACUGUAGCUUUUUGUUAGAACUGUACUUGCUACUCAGUCUGUUUACAGUCUAAAGGUAUGGAUUUAUUGUACAUUUUGUUGCACAUUCAAAAUUUUAACUGUACAUUGGGUUUUAACCUACACCCUGAACAAAACUAACAUUGAUGGGAAAUUUAUUUGAAUUCAUCCUGUUUUCAUAGAAAUACAAGAAAAGUCACAGACAUCUUUGUACAGUUGUUAUGACUUGACAUAUUUAAAAGUCACUUCAAGCAGGACAUCUGCAUUUGAAUUCUUCAGUUUCUUGUCAAACAGCUUGUAGAGAAUGUAGACUGUUAAAAUUGAAAUAUUCACUGUUUUGGAGAGUGGAAAAAGUUUUUUUGGUGCUUGUGGUGCUUCAUAAUUUGACUUUUUUGCAACUGCAGUGAAUUACAAAUUCCACAUCAAGAUUCACCAGGAAGCAUAGGCAAUCCUGUGGUACCACAGAUUUAUCACUUGAGGAAAUACUGUAUAUAAGUGCUAUAAGUGCUAGCAUUCAUACCUGUCCUGCUAGCAUACUUUUAUACUACUCAGAGAAAUAUGUGGAAAUACUGAUGUCACAGCACAGAAAGAUGUCAUAGCAACAGCAUUUUGCACCACGAUAUGUCUGUAAUUAGAAGGCUAUUUUCCAAAUAUACAUACUGUAUUUAUUAACACACAAGCCAUAUGAUAGUGUCAAGUGUUUAGUUUGACAGUUAACCUUUUUUUAAGAGUUUUGAUGGUUUACUGCUUUGAUAAAGUUUACAUUGUGUAAUUAUUUCCAUUCCAGAUUUUGUUUCGUAUGUGACAGAAGCAAAAAAGAGUACUUGUUUGGAGGGACUGAACUGUGCCUUGAAUGUAACACCUGCUGCAUAUUUUUGAGCAGUAAAUGUACAAAAGAUGUGAUGUAAAUAAACACGUACAGUGGACUGUGUUGAGAA